CACAACGUGGAGAGACGCCGUGCCUCGGAUACCAGGAGAGCUGUGCAAGCUUGCUGCCGAAAGCAUGCCUCCCGUCUGUCAGGGCUUUGUGAUAGACCUGGUGACACAGUAGCCUUUCGCCAGAGCUCCUGGGGAUGUGCAGGAAGUACCGUGACGGGUUUUGUCAGGGGGGAAAUCUGAGCCAUUUCUCUGCGAACAGCUGGGUUUCAGAGUCUGGACAAGUGGCCGUUGACUUUUGCACGGGCUGCCAGGAUUUUGUGGGAGUCUAAUCCUUUGUCAUUAUGAGAUGUCGUCUCUCGGUGCCUCCUUUGUGCAAAUUAAAUUUGAUGACUUGCAGUUUUUUGAAAACUGCGGUGGAGGAAGUUUUGGGAGUGUAUAUCGAGCCAGAUGGAUAUCCCAGGACAAGGAGGUGGCUGUGAAGAAGCUGCUCAAAAUAGAGAAAGAGGCAGAAAUACUCAGUGUCCUCAGUCACAGAAACAUCAUCCAGUUUUAUGGAGUAAUUCUCGAACCUCCCAACUAUGGGAUCGUCACAGAAUAUGCUUCUCUGGGAUCACUCUAUGAUUACAUUAAUAGUAACAGAAGUGAAGAGAUGGACAUGGAUCACAUUAUGACCUGGGCCACUGAUGUAGCCAAAGGAAUGCACUAUUUACAUAUGGAGGCUCCUGUCAAGGUGAUUCACAGAGAUCUCAAGUCAAGAAAUGUUGUUAUAGCUGCUGAUGGGGUAUUGAAGAUAUGUGAUUUUGGUGCCUCUCGGUUCCAUAACCAUACAACACACAUGUCCUUGGUUGGAACUUUCCCAUGGAUGGCCCCGGAAGUUAUCCAAAGUCUCCCUGUGUCUGAAACUUGUGACACAUAUUCCUAUGGUGUGGUUCUCUGGGAGAUGCUAACAAGGGAGGUCCCCUUUAAAGGUUUGGAAGGAUUACAAGUAGCUUGGCUUGUAGUGGAAAAAAACGAGAGAUUAACCAUUCCAAGCAGCUGCCCCAGGAGUUUUGCUGAGCUGUUACGUCAGUGUUGGGAAGCUGAUGCCAAGAAACGGCCAUCUUUUAAGCAAAUCAUUUCGAUUCUGGAGUCCAUGUCAAAUGACACGAACCUUCCCGACCAGUGUAACUCAUUCCUGCACAACAAGGCAGAGUGGAGGUGCGAAAUUGAGGCAACUCUCGAGAGGCUGAAGAAACUCGAACGGGACCUCAGCUGUAAAGAGCAGGAGCUCAAAGAAAGGGAAAGACGUCUGAGGAUGUGGGAGCAAAAGCUGACAGAGCAGUCCAACACCCCGCUGCUGCCCUCCUUUGAGAUUGGCUCAUGGACUGAAGACGACGUGUAUUUUUGGGUUCAGCAGCUCGUCAGAAAAGGGGACUCUUCAGCGGAGAUGAGCAUAUAUGCAAGCCUGUUCAAGGAAAACAACAUCACAGGAAAGCGACUGCUGCUCCUGGAGGAAGAAGACUUGAAAGACAUGGGCAUUGUCUCCAAGGGGCACAUCAUUCACCUGAAGUCAGCCAUUGAGAAAUUAACCCACGAUUACCUAAACUUGUUUCACUUCCCACCACUAAUUAAGGACUCUGUAGAUGAACCUAAAGAAAAUGAGGAAAAAAUUGUGAACCUUGAACUUGUUUUUGGUUUUCACUUGAAACCAGGAACCGGCCCACAGGAUUGUAAGUGGAAAAUGUAUAUGGAGAUGGAUGGGGAUGAAAUUGCAAUAACCUAUAUCAAAGAUGUGACAUUCAACACUAACCUACCCGAUGCAGAGAUUUUAAAGAUGACAAAGCCCCCAUUUGUAAUGGAGAAGUGGACUGUAGGAAUAAUGGAAAAUCAGACUGUAGAAUGCACUGUCACCUAUGAGAGUGAUGUCCGAGCUCCAAAGAGCACGAAGCAUGUCCACUCAAUUCAGUGGAGCCGAACGAAACCUCAGGAUGAAGUGAAAGCUGUCCAACUUGCCAUUCAGACAUUACUCUCCAACUCAGAGGGCAACUCUAGAAGCAGGUCUGACUCAAGUGCUGAUCGCCAAUGGCUGGACACUCUGAGGUUGCGGCAGAUUGCAUCCAAUACUUCAUUACAGCGUUCCCAGAGCAAUCCCAUUCUGGGGUCACAAUUCUUCCCCUAUUUCAAUGACCAGGAUUCCUAUGCUGCUGCUGUAAGACGGACUCAGGUGCCCAUUAAGUAUCAACAGAUUACACCCAUAAACCAAUCCAGAAGCUCCUCUCCUACUCAGUAUGGACUGACCAAAAACUUCUCUUCUCUACAUCUCAACUCUAGAGACAGUGGCUUUUCCAGUCUUCCAACUGACCGCUCUUUAGAGAGGGGUCGAUACUCAGGUAGAAACAAGAACAAAUAUGAUCGUGGGAGCGUAUCACUCAAUUCUUCUCCUAGGGGAAGGUACAGUGGGAAGAGUCCUCAUUCCACACACUCGCAAGAAAGAUAUUCUGGAAAAUUCUACAGUGUUUCUCAGUCGGCGCUCAAUGCUCAGCAGUCACCUGACUUCAAGAGAAGCCCAAAUGACUGCCAUCGACCCAGGACCAUACCCGGGAUGCCUUUACACCCCGAGACUGACUUAAGAGCCAGUGAAGAGGAGACCAAAGUCAGUGAGGGAGGAUGGACAAAGGUGGAAUACCGGAAGAAACCUCACAGGCCCUCUCCUGCCAAGACUAACAGGGAAAGAAGCAGAGGAAACUACCGUGGAAGGAGAAACUUUUGAUGAAUUGAACUGCAUGAGUUUUCCUAACUAGGCUCUUUUCUUUUUUUCUUUAAGAUGUAAUGGAUUUUGAUAAUAUGAUACCUUCAGACAGAAUUAACAAAAAGACAACUUUUCCAUUUUGGGAUUUAGGAAAUGCCUUCUAAUUGAGACUACAGCCAAACCAGAGCCAAAAUGAUGGUUGUUGGUUGCCCAGGGACGAUAACUAGACGUAAACAUAACUGUGAAUAUCCCCCCUCACCCCCAAAUCAAUAUUUUGAGAGGAUGGGAUAUAUCACUUUAUUUCCCUAACCACUGCCAUUCUGGUUAGCAGGGUCUGGACUAGGGGGAUUAAGUGGGGGUCCUUGUCUUGGGUGCAGAAUUUAUAGGGGACACCAGAAAGCUCAGUGAUCAAGAUACAUAAUAUUCUAAUGCAAUAUUUAAAUAAAUGAAAAUUAAUGCAAAAAAUUCUAUGAUAAACAAAAAAUCAGAAUUCUCCAUAAAUACAGGAUCAGUAUUACUGAUUUUUCCUCUUGUCUAAGGCUCCAGUAUGGCUUAGCAAGGCGCUGUUACUGAUCCUGUCUAUUUAAAAUUUUGAUAUUUUGUUCAUCAUGAAUUUUUGCAUUAAUUUUCAAAAUAUUGCAUUAAAAUAUCAUUUAUCUUGAUUACUGAGGUGUUGGGGUUUCUUGUUUUUCCUGAGGCCUCCUUAAAUUUUGUGCCUGAGGCAAUUACCUCACUUGCCUUACCCUAGUCUUGACACUGCUAGCUGGUAUUUAUUUUAGUAAGGUAUUUGGAUUUUUAUCAUGGUCAGAGCUGAAGUGAUUUGGCUUGUCAUUUUUAGGCAAUAAAAGAGUUAUUGAACUUAA